AUGCCAGUCAUCGCACUUCAUCGUUGUCGUUCUUGUCUUCGUCGAAAGAAUGCGCCAACGUGGAGCGAUCUUCGCGAACUUGAAAAGCAAUAUCAACUGAUAAAACAACGACAAAAGCAGGCAAAGGUUAUUCUCAACUCUGCUUAUCUCCACGGGUUAAACGCAAAUUCUGCUAAGCCGAAGGUACCUCCUCUCAUUUUUCCACCUCGUUCACCACCUGUGUUCAAUCACCUUUUGAUGGGACCGCUGCUGGCGAAAAUAGAUUGCGCAACUGAGCCUCCUGCAACCUUUUCGGGAGGAGCCGUAAAGGUAGCAGCUACAGUGAUUCAGCCAGCAAAUCAUACAAUGUCUCGGUUGCGUGAACUUCUCCGCGAGAUCUCGGAGGAAAACGAAAGCGAAUCAAAAUACGACACUUCUUCUAUCGAUUCUGUGUCUCCUCAGUUUGUCAGGGAAAGAGUUAAAGCCAAAGCUCAGAUUUGUACAAUGUACUCUGCUAGCUACGCUUGUGCGGCUCGCGAUCUCGCGCAAAGCGCGGAGCGCCACUCGCGGAUGUGCGUGAUUCGGUCAUUGGAAACAGAUCGCUAG